ACAUAUAUAAUACAUAGCAUACUUCCAUUUAUAUGUGGGUGAGAGAGUCAUACAGAAAGAAAAGAAAAAAAAAAAAGAGAGAGAGAGAGAGUAAUAUAGAGUUAAGUAAACAUGUCGGAUUGGGGUCCAGUGGUGAUAGCAGUGGUGCUGUUUGUGCUGUUAAGCCCAGGGCUAUUGUUUCAACUUCCCGGGAGGAACAAAGUGGUGGAGUUUGGGAACAUGCAGACAAGUGGGUUAUCCAUACUCGUCCACACCAUCAUUUUCUUUGGCCUCAUAACUAUCUUCCUCAUCGCUGUUGGUGUUCACAUAUAUACUGGAUGAGUGACCUGUGCUAGCUGCUCUCUUUUACAAUUAUUUGUGCCCAUUUUGUGGGGAUCAUAUACAGUAUUCCUUUGGCUCUGACUUUCUAGCUAAUUCUGUCUUUGUUUUUUGUUUUCGGUUGUUUUGUUUUGAACAGUGUGUGGGGAUUGUGUUAUGUUUAUAAGAUCUCUCCACCGUUGAAUGA